GGAUGAACUGAACAAAAUGGUAUGUCCUUUAGUGUUUGUAAUGCAGCUUUCCACCUGCAGUAAAGGUGAGAUCAGCUUUUUUUUUUUUCAUCUUUGAGGAGUUGCUGAGUUUCUUCCUUAUGUUGUAGAGAUGGAUGCAGGGGAAUUUCCUUUCUCUUGCAUGGCAGCUUGGGGGGGCUUGUCUAUGGUUAAAAUCCUGGGCCCCAGGUGGAGGCUGUGGCACUGACCUCUAGCUCCUCCUGUUUGCACGUUGGAUGGUUUCUGCUGCACCUUCCUUGGUGCAGGUGGUGGCUGGGAGUCUCUGCUUUGUGUGAUCUGAACUCCAGCGUGCUCGGGGAAGGAGAAUUCUGUCAAAAGAGAUGUCGUUGCUUUGGGUAACGGAGCAGGCGCUGUAAAUCUUGGAUCCUCUGUCCCCAGGGCAGGCAUGGCUGAAUGCCGAGGAUCUGUCUGAUGGUUCCCAGGCUGCGCUGAUGCUGCUCUGCCAGAAGAGAGAUGGGAAAAAGAUACUUCUGUGACUACUGUGACAGGUCCUUUCAGGACAACCUUCACAACAGGAAGAAACACCUCAAUGGAGUGCAGCAUCUCAGGGCUAAGAGAGUCUGGUACGACUUAUUCCGAGAUGCUGCUGCUGUCCUGCAAGAGGAGCAAACCAAGAAACCAUGUCGGAAGUUUCUGCAAACAGGACAGUGUGAUUUUGGGUCCAACUGCCGAUUUUCCCACAUGACAGAGCAGGACCUGGAGAAGCUGAGUGCCCAAGUUCAAGGGGAGCAGAGAUCGAAGGAGCUGCGGCAGGAGGGAGCAGAUGUCCCGCCUGGCACUAUUGAGGACUGGCUGGAGAAGAGAGCAAAGAGACUGAGUGCGGCUCAGAGUAACAGUGCUCUGCCCGAGAAACCAGCACUUUUCCAGUACCCGCCGGGCUGGCCGCCAGCGCAGGAUCUGCCCCCGUCCCUGCAGGCCCCCCCACCUGGAGGGUGGCCCGUCCCCCCCAACCUGCAGUGGGGCUGAGGCACAGGGACCCUCACAGAGGUUGUGCUGGAGAUGGAUUUCUCCCUCGCCUGCUCUAGGAAAGGGACAGAAUUAUUUAUUCACACUUCCCAUCAAUAAAAGCCUCCCCACUCUUGCA